CUCCCGCCCCCUGCGCCGUCAGUCAGAGGCUUUAGUGGCCCCAAGGAAGGAGUGGUGGAUGAAAGAAGAGGAAUGUCAGAGGAAUGACUGACCUGCUAGAAACCAUCUAGCUAGCUGCUAGACUCUGUUCCUGUUCAUGCAGAGGACUGUUAUCUAGGACAGUGAUCUGCAUCAAGAGAAAGGUCAGAAUGCACAACUCAAGAUUACUCCUUUCCAGAGUGGGUUUCUUCUCCAAACCAGGACCACUUCCUUGGUAUGCUGCAAAUGCACCAGAUUUGUCACAGUCCUUUUUGGGCAGAGCACAUAAGGGAAAUUUCACCAAUGGGAUAAUUGAGAAGCAUCCAAGCCGACAAAGCCAUCAGAAGAAACAAAGGCAUUUCAGAUCACUAGAUGACUCCUGGCAGGAGAGGCUGGCUGACGUUGUGACUCCGCUCUGGAGGCUGAGCUAUGAAGAACAGCUCAAGGUGAAAUUUGAAGCUCAGAAGACAAUUUUACAAAGACUAGAGUCUUACCUGCAGUUCCUCCAUAGAGUCCAUGGAACAGUGGCCUCCCCUCAUUCAGAGGGGCUGCAUUGUCACCUCCAUCCUAUUAUACCUUCUCCCAUCAUCAAUGGCUACCGAAAUAAGUCCACCUUCUCUGUGAACCGGGGCCCCGACGGCAAUCCAAAGACUGUGGGGUACUACCUAGGAACUUGGAGAGAUGGGAAUAUUGUCUGCGUACCUUGUAGCCAUCUGAAAAACCUCCCAGAGAAACACAAUCAAGUGGCUCAGUACUAUGAAGUAUUCCUUCGACAGUCUUCAGUGGAACCCUGUCUUCUGUUUCAUGAAGGUGGACACUGGCGUGAGCUCACAGUUCGAACCAAUAGCCAAGGACACACAAUGGCUAUCAUCACUUUUCAUCCCCAGGAAUUAAGUCAGGAAGAACUGCACGUUCAGAAGGUGACCUUGAAGGACUUUUUCACUAAAGGUCCUGGAGCUGUUUGUGAACUGACUUCACUCUAUUUCCAGGAAAGCACGAUGACCCGUUGCAGCCAUCAGCAGUCCCCCUACCAGCUCCUGUUUGGGGAACCCCACAUCUUUGAAGAUCUUCUGGGUUUGAAGAUCCGCAUCUCUCCAGAUGCCUUCUUCCAGAUUAAUACCGCUGGCGCAGAAUUGCUGUACCAGACCAUUGGGGAGCUGAGUGGAGUGAACUCCAGUACCAUCCUCCUUGACAUUUGCUGUGGAACAGGUGUGAUUGGCCUUUCUCUGGCUCAGCGUGCAUCCGAGGUCCUUGGCAUUGAACUGGUGGAGCAGGCCGUACAGGACGCCAGGUGGACUGCAGCCUUCAAUGGUGUCACCAACUGUGAGUUUCAUGCUGGUAGAGCAGAGAAGAUUUUGCCACAGUUGUUAAAGUCGCAAAAAGAUGAGAAGUUAACAGUUGCUGUGGUCAACCCUGCCCGUGCUGGACUGCAUUACCAAGUGGUGCAAGCCAUUCGGAACUGCAGGGCCAUCCACACUCUAAUUUUUGUUUCCUGCAAGCCCCACGGUGAAAGCACAAGGAACUUCAUUGAGCUGUGCUGUCCUCCAAACUCUGCUAAGAAGCUCCUCGGUGAACCCUUUGUCCUGAGAGAAGCUGUACCCGUGGAUUUGUUUCCCCACACCCCACACUGUGAACUGGUACUCCUCUUCACUCGAUAAGGCUAGGAGACUGCAGGCUGCUAAGGCUGAAGUUUCAGGGACGUCAUCAGGUUUGGCCUGUUGCUGCAUUGGAGACCAUGGAUGUGUCUCCCAGGAAACCAGUCUUUGUAUCCCCAGCAAGAGUUUAGCUGGCCUCCUCUGAGGUGGAUUGAACUAUAGCAUGUCAUAUUUCUUUGGGAUUACCCAUAUUUGCCUAGCUUUGAACGCUCCAAACUCCUUGGAUUUCUUACAAAGCAGAAGAAGGGGCUAGGGAGCCAGGCGGUGGUGGCACAUGCCUUUAAUUCCAGCACUGGGAGACAGAGGCAGGUGGAUCUCUGUAAGUUCAAGGCCAACCUGAUCCACAGAGUGAGUUGCAGAACAGGCUCCAAAGCUACACAGAGAAACUCUGUCUUGGGGGAAAAAAAAGGGUGGGGUGGGGAAGCUAAGUAGGUCACUUACUUAUUGCACAUAAACAAGUACCUGAGUUUCGAGUCCAGCAUUCACAUUCACAUAACAGGUCUGUUUUUCCAGUGCUAGGAACUGGAGACAGGGGGAUCCUGAGAGCUUUCCUGACCAGCUAGUCUAGCUAAGAAGUGAGCUCCAGCUUCAGUGAGAGACCCUUUCUCAAAAAAAGGAGUUGGAAAAUGUUUAUCAGCUGCUGGCCUCUACAAGUGUAGUCACAGGUACAUAAUACAUACAUACAUACACGCACAUAUAUAUACACACACACUACAUACACACAAAGCAGACAAUGUUAUGUAGCGAUUACAGGGCAGUUAGGUUGUCUAGACUUUGACACUUCUAAAAUGUCCUUUGAUAAUGUGCUUAUGUCCAGGGCAGAAGAAACGGCUCAGCAUCACCCAGGCACAUAUAGCUCUUGCAGAAUUCCUAAGUUUGAUUGCUGGUACCCAUGUCAGGCUGCUCACAACUGCCUGUAACUGUAGGACAGGGGAUCCAAUACCUUAUUCUGACCUCCAUGGACACUCGCUCACAUGCGCAAACCUAUACUCACGCACAUGCAAAUACACAUAAUUAACAAAAUAGUUUUUUAAAAAAUUAAAAAGAAAAUGUGGUUAUUUCUAGGAGCAGUAGCACCAUUUAUUUCUUACCUGUAGAAGGAGAAUUGGUCAGUAGAGAUACCCAGAAGGGUUAAGAAACUCUCAAAGUAGGGGCUGAAUACUUCUGAUUGUGCUGAGUGUUAUGGGGGAAGACAACGCCAGAAGCCUCUAGUAAU